AUGGCUGAUUACAAUGUAGAAGAUGUGUUAAAAACUAUCUUCAACAAUUCAAGCACAUGGAAACCCACAGAUAAGAUACCCCUAGUUAUUAAGGAAAUAGAACAAUUGAAAGUUGAUAUGAAAGCCUAUAUAGGUAGCUGUGAUUGGGACAUUGAGUCAAUAAUAAAUGAGGGUAAAGAAUUGUGUAUCGAAAGUAAGGCUUUGGUGGAUGAAAUGCAGCAAUGCAAGCAGGAAAUAGAACAGGAAACAAUGGCUGAAAUACUGAAAUCUAUAGAGAACCAUGAUCAAUUGUCUAAGGAAUUACAGCUUGUAAACUUUGCCAUGAAUAUAUUAUAUGAUGUAGUGCAAUGUGGGAGGUAUGUUAAGGAAUUUGAUGAGGGACGGGAGGCUCAAAGCUAUUCUCGUUCCAUUGAGGCUGUGUAUGAUUUAGUGCAGCUUGUAGAGAUGCCUGCGGAGGGCUUUAGGGAGCUAGACCUUUACGUAAACACUAAGACUACAGGACAAUUAAUAUUAGACAACUUGCUCCAUGAACUGUUUAAUGAAUGGACAGAACUGGUAUACACAAAUAUCAAUGCAAGUCCAAAGAAAACUGUUAUCACAUUCAAAAUAAAACUAGAUGAGUCUCAGAUGUCUAGAGACAUAUUGAAUGCUUUAGAAAGGUGCAAAAGACUGAGGGAAAAGGUUACAGAGUUGGGUCAGUUUCUUCUUAAAGAAGUUCUCAUCCCUAUUAUUCAUAAUGAUUGUACUGUAUUUGCUGAAACUGAUAUCUUGAUGACUAUAACUAUCAAUCACAAGCCGAAUUAUAAACCCCCGUAUGAUCAUGUGAUAGCAAAUUUGAGGUUACUGUUUCAUUACCUUAGUAACAGGUUGAACAUUGAAUUUGACUGCGAUCGCACAAUUAUAAGGAAGAUUGGGUCUGAGAUAGCUGUUGCAUUUAGAGAUAUAUUAGUUGAGGAUUGUCUUAUAGAUACAAUACCUAAUAAUAUAAAUGAGCUUCAAAGUUAUGGUAAAAUUACAUCAGAAAUAGAAGAUUUCCAGCACUUUUUAACUGUAGUCAAAUUCUUUCCUGAAGAAAAUUUGUCUAUACUAGAUUAUGUAAAUAAUAUUGAUGUAAUUUUUUCUGAGAAGUCUAGCCAGUAUUUUUUGGAGACUGCUCGGUCCAUCAUGCUCAAAGAUUUGAGUGCAACUAUGUCCAUUGGUGUGGAAACCAUUCCGGAGUCAAAUGAAGUUGUUGGUUCACCUUUAGAUGAGAAUACCGAGGAUGCUCUCAAGAUCCUAGAUGCUACUAUACCAAAAAGUUUGUUUUAUUUCCCGCGGUGCAUGAUAUCCAAGACGGCACAAGAGUUGCUUGAUUUAGUAUAUGUUAUGAUGGAACAAGCUGUGCAAUGCUCCGAUGUGGUGUGCAAGAAACUGUACCAUACCACCCGCAUAGUGUUUGAAUUGUAUGAUGCAGUUGUACCAUAUUAUCAUGAGAACUAUCUGCAAACCAUACCACAAUAUGUUGCCCUGUUCCACAACAACUGCAUGUACCUAGCGCACAACCUGCAAACCUUCGGAGACAAGUGGAUGAUCCUGAUGGAAGGCCGGGAGCUGGACUACCCGAUCAGUUUCGUCGACCUGGUGCAGAAGCUGCGAGACCUCGGCUACCACCAUCUCACCGUGCACAUGCAACAGCAGAGGAAGCAGAUCUUGGAUAAUGUGCGUUCUUCAGAUCUGAACAGCAUCGUGGUGAAGGAUCUCCUGAGCAACAACGCGGAGGCGGCCGUGAGGCAGUGUCUCCGGCAGCUGCACCUGCUCAAGAACGUAUGGAUCGGAGUGUUCCCGGCCAAUGUGUUUGUCAGGCUGAUGGGCACCCUAGUCAACAUGUUCGUUCAUGAAUUGAUCCACCGCGUGUGCACCGUGGAGGACAUAUCCAUGGAGAUGGCGGUGCAGCUCGGCGAUAUAUACACGGUUGUCGUGCAAAAAGCACCGGGACUGUUCCAGAACCAAGAAGAUGUACAUGCCCACGUCAAGUCAUGGGCGAAGUUCCAGGAGCUGAUAUUCGUUCUCAGAGGGUCCCUCAAAGACAUAGAGAAGCAUUGGAACGACGGCGUCGGACCCCUCUCCGAACAUUUCAAGACGGAUGAAUUGAGAACCUUGAUCAAAGCACUCUUCCAAAACACGCAGUUUCGCGCCAAUUUACUGUCUAAAAUUAAAUAAAUUCGAUGUUCGUUGUUCAAAUUGUAAUGUGUACGGACUGGUGGAUGUUGAUAUGGAAUGGAACGUUGUCAGUAAUUUUUUUUAGUGCAUUAGCUUUCACCAGUCUGUAUGCCCCAUUUCAGUCAGUAUCCGUAAUAUAAUAUAUGGUGUUCAAUGG